CCAUAAUCUCUGUUGCCAUUUGCUAGAUCCAAACAAGCAAUCGCCAGUAGAAUAGCUAGGGGUGUAGCCGGGUUGCCUACGAUGAAGACCCACAACGACAACUUCGACCACGUGGACGACUUCUCUCAUCGAAAGCGGGCCGCUAAGAAUAACAARAGCUGCACUUCGGUUCCCGGUGUUCUGCUACUCGGAUGCAUAGCGGUAUUGAUGGCAUGGAGCAAGGGCAACGGUUCGGGAAACAAUUCUCAGGGAUCCAUGUCUCCGAUCCUUUGCGUUCACGCCUUGAUCCCUUUCCAAAACCAAAAGACGAACAACGAUCGAUUAACCAGUCGACACCGAAUACAGCAGCAGAACAUCCAUGCGGGUGGCCGAAUACGACCGAGCCGAACCAACUAUCACACCAAUGCGAGGAGUUACGACACAGCUUCAACUCCAASAACAACGAAAUGGAAGACCGAGACUACGUCUUCCCUGUUCGCCACAGUGGAAGACAACACCAGUCCACAACACAGCAACAAUGAAGAUUCCGGCGGACCUUCCUUUCCAGAGCCGAGCCCUCGACGGACCCGCCGCGUKGACGAUAUUCUGUACGGAGAGGCAGACGACUUUACAAACCGGGACCGGGAGGACAUGACGAUUUCGUCGCUGGAAUCCUCCCUCCAGAAGGAAAAGGAACGCUCCAAUACACUCGCGAUCCGAUUGGCCUACGCCGAGAAGGUGAUCGCCGAGCAAAAGGCGCGUCUCGAAGACAAACGGUCCUCCCUUAACRCCAARAACCAGGCCCUGACCGAAACCAGGCGGAAGCUGUCGGAUCUAGAACGACAGCUGAAUCUUCAGCAGCAGAGUUCUACCAAACUCCCACCCAAGUCCUCAUCCCAAGCGACAUCUCCUCCGUGGKUGGCCAAGAAACCCCCGCUGACCUCGAAUGAACGGCAGUACCCCCUCCUGGAGAACUGGGCCCUAAAUCCCAACACCGGAGAAAUCAGGGCUACGGUUACAUGCCACCCCUCAAUCCCCGACGGUACCACAAUUGUAACGUCGGGACUGGACAAGCAAUCCUUUCAGAAGGCCCACGAUCCAAACUUCGAAUUUAUGGAGGGCAAACCCGCCAWUGUCGUGACGACCCAAACGGGAUCCAAGUACCAGCUGGGGGUGAAGAAGCGCGUCGCCCCAGCAGCCGAAAUCGCCAACCUUCAACCGCCCGCGGUGCGGCGACCGGCUGUCGGAUCGCCUCCGCUGCAAUUCCAGCAGCAGCAAACACCACCGACACCGCAGCAGCAAGCCCAGCAGCAGCAACAACAAACACCGCCGCUGCACCCCUCGAACGAACGCUACCCCGAUCUGGAAUUCCCCCUCACGGGACAAUCUAUUUCCAACGGAYUUGGUACCAAGUACCUACUGGCGGGAUCUCCGAAGCGCAAGCCAUCGGGGCGCUCGGAAAUUAUCAUGGGCUACAAGUGCAACGAGCAAAUGAGCMUCUGCGAUGUUUCUACGCCCGUGGUGAUCAAGCUUUCGACGCACAAGGAAAAGCUCCUUCGGGAAUACAAAAACUACCAAAAGAUCCAGGACUCCAUCGAACAAAGAAGGGACGGCAAGCGGGGGGGCUUGUUUGGGGGUAUCUUCGGUGGUGACGACAGCAGCAGCAGCGAUUCAUCGCCAUCGCUGCUACCUUCUUCUUCCCCAGAGGAUCCAUUUGUUCUCUGCUACGAUUUUUUCCCCGUGUGCCAAGGGUCGCUGAAGUACGCCCAGCAUUCGGCACUCGUCAUGGAAAAAGGGUACGAAGACCUCAGAGAUUUUGAAUACCGUCUCCAGAUAAUGGACGAUGCAGAAUAUCCGGUGCCCACCACCAUUGAUCCUGCAGUGGUCCAAGCUGCACUGAAGGUGGCCGCCAAGGGAUUGCAGACGCUGCAUAGCAAGGCGAAGGUAGUCUAUACGGAUCUCAAAGCGGAAAACCUCAUCUUCAUGGAACCCCAGGACCAGCUGGAGCCACCGGCUAUUGCUACCAUCAAGGGAAUCGAUUUGGAAUCCUGCAUACCGAUCCGGGGCAACCCCUUGGACUACACACCGGAGGCCAGUCCGCCGGAAUUYGCCGUGUAUCACCURCAGGGAAACCCCUACGAUUUCGUCCUUGACUACUCGUACGACGUGUGGUCCUUUGGGAUGCUGGCGUACGAACUGGCCACCGGCAGGCCCUAUUUYCGCGGGAACACGCCCGAAGAAAUCAUGCACAUCCUKGGGGAUCCCAGCUUUGUUCCGCCCCAGCUGUUUCCAGAGGGUGGGGCAGCCCGGGGGGAUCUUCCCGAUCUCGCGGACCUGGUGCGGUCCUGCCUACAGGUCGAUCCGAGGCAGCGCAUCUCGGUGUCGAAAAUCCUCAAGCACCCUUACUUUCGCAACCCCAUUCCACCACCGGGUGGAGGGGCAGAAGAAAGCGAUCUCGAUUCGCCGUUCAAUGYUCUGGACCAGCAGCAGCGACUGGGUGGGACCUUUUGGUAAACGAGCGAGCAAAAAAGCGACCGCCAUCACACGCCGUCCAACCAUCCGUUUGCACUGACGCAUUUASUGGGAGGAUUUUUGGACGAGUCCAACUUGCAUCCACUGCGAGAAAAUUUUUGUGAGGYCGAUAUGCAUGUAUUGCCGCUCGUUUGUGGACACUGUGAGUUUGUAACAUUAAUCGAGUAAGGAACUAUUAAACCAUCUACUACUGU